AUGGCAGAAAAGCUGUCUGAAGAGCAGGUGGCGGAGUUCAAGGAGGCCUUCGACAAGUUCGACAAGGACAAGGAUGGCACCAUCAGUGUGCAGGAGCUGGGCACCGUGAUGCAGGAGCUGGGCCUGAAGCCAUCAGAGGCUGAGCUGAAGGUGCUCAUCGCCCGGCUGGACACAGACAACAACGGCAUCAUCAGCUUCCAGGAGUUUCUGGAGGCCAUGGCCGCAGGGCUUCAGACCUCAGACACGGAGGAGGACCUGAGGGAAAUCUUCCGUGCCUUCGACCAGGACAACGAUGGCUACAUCAGCGUGGACGAGCUCAGGCAGGCCACAGCCCAGCUGGGGGAGAAGCUGUCUCAGGAUGAGCUGGAUGCCAUGAUCCGGGAGGCAGACGUGGACCAAGAUGGCCGGGUGAACUAUGAGGAGUUCGUGCGCAUCCUCACCCAGAACUGA